AUGGCCCUCAGUAUCCGGCAGAAGAGGGUGCGAAGAAUCUCCGGAGACCCAGUCCAUGGGGUUGUGGUGCAAGGCCCUGUGGAUGGUCUGGCUACUGGCACCCCACUCUAUAGUGUGGCGGUGCAAGGCACUAUAGAUGGAAGGACUACUUGUAGACCAAGGGGUUGGAGGUUUGGUACCUGGAAUGUAGGCACGUUGACAGGAAGAAGUUUGGAAGUGGUGGAGGAGCUGCAGAGGAGAAUGGUUGACGUGGCUGCAUUACAGGAGAUCAGAUGGAAGGGUGAGGGUACAAGGUUUGUGGGGGCUAAAGGUGGAAGAUAUAAGUUGUGGUGGAAGGGGGAUGAUGGUAUGGGAGGAGUUGGUGUGAUGGUAAGAGAAGAGUUGGUGGAGAAGGUGUUGGAAGUGAGGCGGAGAAGCAAUGGUGUAAUUGUGGUGGUGAUGGUGUUUGGAAAAGUAAUAGUGAGGGUGAUAUCAGGAUAUGCUCCGCAACAAAGUAGGAAGGAAGAGGAGAAGGAUAGGCAAUGGGCUGAUUAUGAUGUCAAGUUAGAGAUGGAGGAUGAAAUAUGA